AGGGCAGGUCUGCUCCGUUCGCUCGUAUUGUUCUCCAGGCUGCAAUUAUUGUAACUCUUUCCUUCAACGCUCGAUCAAAAUUCUGAUAUUCCAUAAUGGGGUCAAGUGGUGCAGCGUUACUGGUGGUCGCUCUUGCCCUGCAUGGCGUUGAGGCUCAGCAGCUGAGCGGAGUACCGCAGCUCACUGAUGAUGAAUUUUCCCGUCUAUCGACCUGCGUUGGAGACCGGGCUGCGCAGCGAGUAAACAACUCCAUCGCGCGGUGGAGCGAGCCCUGCCUCGCCGUCUGGAACUCCCCGGUGUGGAACAGCCGUCGGCUGGAAGCGGAGCUGACGAGACCGUGGGAGGAGGUCCUGUGGCAGCUUGUCUUCAGGGAAGAUCUAAACAACAUCGGGGGAACGGCAUCACCUGUGCCCUGUGUUCCAGUUUCCAGUACCUCAGCCUCAGUACCAGCAACGAUAACAUCUGGAUCGGCAACUACAGAAGCAGCUCUUUCUACGAUGGAAACUACGAGAUUUACUGCAUCUGCAGUUACUACGCGUUCAACAAGCAGGAGUCCAGGCCCUGGGUCUGGUGACGGAAGUGGCUCAGGUGCAGGAAUUGGUGCUGGAGGGCAAGGUGGCAACGGAACAGGAGGUGGAACUGGUGGUUCAUAUGGAGGCGUUGAUCCAGUAACAACAAGAACAUCAUCGACAGCUCAAACCGUGAGCACAUCGCCUACGGCGUCAACAGCUACUUUGUCAACAACUCGAACAGCAGAAAUUUCAUCGACAACUCUUCCUAUCAGUACGCCAUCAUCUGCCUCGUCAACUUUUUCUUCAGUUACUCCAUUGAUAACAUCUUCCGCAUCAACGGCAACAACGACUCCCGUGCCAACUUCUUUAGGUACAUCCAACACUACAACUCAAAGAACAACGAAUGCCACAAAUACUCAACGAACAACGACUUCCAUAAGAACGAGUACAAAGUUUACAACUCCUCCGAGAGUCAACAAUACUGGCACCGGCGGUGGCACUGGAGGAAGCUAUGGAGGCACUGAACCGAAUAGGACUAAUCCAAACAGCAACCUAACGAACCCCAAUGGAUGGUGGUCUGGCUGGAAUAACGGUUGGAAUACGGGAGGAGGAAGUAUGGGUUCUGGAUCAAAUACCGCUGGAGGAUGGCCAUCGAUCCCCAACUCAAGUUUCCCACGCAACCCCUACUACGGGUCAGAGAGGCCGUCUGAUUACGAUGACACACCCUCGUUGAAUCCCACGGAAGGAAAAUGGUACUGGGACGGGAAUUAUUGGCACUUUGUCCCUUAUAUCCCUCGAACUGGAGUCGGUAUUCAAUAUCCUACUGUAUUAGUAUUACCUCCGUUCCCCCCACCUCCUCUUCCCCGAUUUCCAAUCCGUCCUAGCUUUCCGUUUUCUUUAAAUCCUUGGCUUGAGCCUCCCCUUCCAUCUUCUCGGAUACCUUACCCAGAUUCUAUCCCUAUUUUUUACCAUGCUGGUCCUAUGACAUUUAAUAAUUCCUUGUUCGAGACAAACAAGACCAUGUCUCAAAAUUCUACGUAUGGCACCCCAUACGUCGUCUAUCUCAGGCCUUUCCGUCCACGCGGAAGAUCGAAACAUCGUCACCUCAACUUCUAUCGCUGGAAUGUUUAUCCUGAACAGAUAAACCGACACAAUGAAACGGAGGCUGCAAGUGAUACUGAGUCCGAUUUAUACGCGACGGUUUCGUCGUCCCUCGACAUAAAAAGCGGUGAAGAUGUCAACAAUUAUUGGGUUAACCCGCUAAUGUCUGGCAACAGUGAUGCGAAAAAUACGUUUAAUGAAAUGAGUCAAAUGUUUUCUUCAGAAACAGAACUUGAGCAAAAAACCGAUUCGAUUAAGCAAUUGCCUAUCAAUGGUAAUAGUCGUAGUUUACUCCCAGCAGACUUCGAUGAAAAUGAUGACCAUGCAGACAUGGUCUAUACAGAUUACGAUAAUUACGACUCACAAUACUCUUCCGAGUUGAAUAUAUCUGAAAACUGGAGUAACACGCGUCGAGACGUCGACUAUGUCAUUGGAGGCGCAUUUGCUCUGCUGGAUUUUGCAACAAACUUUUUUCUGACAAGUGAUGAGGCUAGCAAUGAAUUUGACGCCAGAGAUGAAGUCCAAGAGACGCUAAAGUAUAAACUCAACACUGGCGUCUCAGGAGCUGGAGUUCGCCCAAUACGAAGCAAGAGAGAAAGUUAUGUCGAGCAGCGCUCGGGUCGAAGUUUAAUGCUGCUAGAGGGCGGACCAUUUGCGCGGCAGACGACGACAGCCAGCAGUGCAGAGGAAGUCUUCGCUGCCGGCUGCGCUCUCCGGGGGUCUUCCUUUUUGACAGCGACGGACGAGAUCGACAUGAGAACGGUUAACGACACCCUCGCUUCCUUCAACGUGUCCCAAGCUUUGCGACAAACACUGGAGCAAAACCGACAAACUUGCGUGCAGUUUUCCAACUCGAUCGAUGUUAGUCAACUAACGUUACCUCUUCGCAACGAACUUGGGCGACAACUAGCGUUCUUCGACUGCUGUCUUCGGCUGCUCCUGUCGUCCUGCGAUACGUUCCGACAACAGCAGGAGGCCAUAGGAGGUAUCCUGGCCAACGGUACUGUUAAUGGUACUAUUGAUGACAUCCUCAACAGUAUUCUUGCUGGAUAACGGAGGUGUCAACCCCAAUAGGAAAUUUUCACGCUAUCGGUAUUGUUGACAUUACAAACCUGGAUAAAUUGUGUUAUACCUAUCAACGGAACAAAUUAUAUUAAUAUGAAAUAACAUCAAAAAUAAUUAAAAUGACAAGACAAAUUUGAAAAGGUUAAACACUGUUUUUUGUCUGGUUAAUAUCCAAAGUGAUAUUACAUUCGGCGUAAUGAACGUUCUAUAAAAAAAAACUAAAAAUUUCAGACGAUAAGUCUGAAUUCGACAAUAGCCAUGCAGAAAGUCAACGGAUUGUUUUGCAGAUCGUGCAAUAAAAUCCAAAUUGUCCAAGAUAUGAUGUAAGAAGACUGAACGCCACAUUGCAGAGUGGCGUAAUACGUGAAGCUUCCAUGAUCGUGGGUGCAACUUUGAUCGAGUGUACAACACUUCUCUAGUGACGCCUGGCGCUAUACACCCUCACUUCCCGUACACUCCACACUCCUCCAGUGACGCCUGGCGCUACACACUCGCACUUCCUGCACAUUCCACACUCCUCCAGUGACGCCUGGCGCUACACACCCGCACUUCUUGUACACUCCACACUCCUCCAGUGACGCCUGGCUCUACACACUCGCACUUCCUGCACACUCC